GAAGAAAGGCGAGGCAUUGUUAUAAAGAAUUUAUUCGAUUACAAUGACGUGUAUGCGUGACGAGUCUUAAAUUUCAAACCAUUCUAUUUUCGGAGCUGAGCGGUAACACUAUCUACGCCGGCCAAGACUUCUAUCUCUUCUUCAAUCGCUUUUGUCCGAUGUUAAUUAAGAUGUCCUCGGUCACAUUUUUUCUGAUCUGUUGUCUGUUUUUCUUUCUCGAGUUUGUAAGCUCCCUCGAAUGCUCCAGCAACUCGCAGGAAGCGGAUUACGAACCGUUCCCUCGAAAUGUCACCCCGACAGAAUUUCAUACUCGCAUGGAGAUUACUUUAAGUCACCGGAAUGCCACGUACUUUGUAAACGAGCGAUACGAUGAAGCAAAAGAGAGAGGGGCUUUUACAUUGUUGGCGGAGGAGUACGAUUGGGAAACGUAUUACGACAAAAGUGAGAAUGAAAUCGCAAAUUUAUAUCUACCCAUCUUAGAAGACGAAGAAGAAAAAUUAAAUUUAUACCUAAAUGCGUGCAAGAGUUUCGCAUGGACACAGGAGAGAUAUGAUCGAUACAGAUGCCGUUUUCCUCAAAACGAAAGUUCCUUGAAGUUGAUUGCAGACGCUUGCAGCGCGACUGUCGUAUUAGACCUCGUGUACAAAAAUAAAACACAAAAUGCCAGAUACCUCGGGCGAAAAAUCGUGCGGAAUAUUCCAGUCCAAGGGUGGAGAAUUUGCAAGAAUGAGACUGCUAUGGACUAUUGGUUCUCUGUUAAAGGCUGGUCACAUACGUCUGGGAACGCCUCCGUUCCAGUCCUCGUAGAAGCGCGGCCUCAGAGCGCCGUGAACCUUUCGGGAGGAAUUAUUCACUCAUACAGUUUUAUUGACUUUUUCUUUGACGAACCUGAGUUUCAAGCGCAAAGAGAAAUCUGGUGCCGAGGAGCCAUCCGUCCACCUCCUUUACCAAAACUUCCAAGUAGAUUUGAUGUCAAUUUGGAGCGGGUGACCUCAGAAUCCACUCGAGUUUGGAGUGUGCAGGAAUACUACGACCUCGAUAAACACCUCUACAGAAAAGACUCAGAUGGUGAUCCGAAUCAAACGACGAAGACUGGGGCGGGAAUCGAUAUCCGGGAUGGAACGACAAUGAAAAGUACCUUUUACAACAAAGAGACAGGUAAAUGCAACGAGCAAAAAUUAGAUUCUACCGCACCAAAGUUGAAAUUUGAAGAGGACGACGCAAUAUUCGACACACCGUUUGGUAUAAUAGCGCUGUUUAAGGAUCCAGAUGGAAAGCCAGUUUACCAGGGGAGGGGUGUGGCGCGUGGUAUCAAGUGUGACGUAUGGCGACAGAUACGAAUUAACUGGCCCGGAGAUGCUCAAGCAUAUACAAUAUGGAGAUGGUUCUUUACAGAGAAGGAAGGUGAAGAAUCACUAUUGGUGCCUGUCAGACUAGAGAUAGGAGGGGAGGCAGCGAUCAACUCCACCGAUAGCGUUGAAAUAGAGUUUAACCUCAACUUCAACUCGUUUGAAAGUCGUUAUCCGACUAAAAACGCGUUCAGCUCAUCGGUAAUUUGCCCUCAGGAGCCAACAACGGAGCAGCAAAAAGGACUCUCCUCAGGAGGGGUGACUGGGGUAGCGAUUGGAUGCAUUGUUUUGGGUCUGUGCCUUGGCAGCUUGGUAGUUUAUCUUUGGUUUAAGAGAAGAGUACUAAGCAGAAUGGGACCUCCACCCAUGAAAUUUCCCUGAGCAAAUUCACAUCGGAUCACUUUAUGAACGGUCUUUGUCAAGAGAUAAUAAUCUGCUCUUGUUGUUGUUUACCUUGGACCGUGAGCCAUGGAAACAAACAUAGGUAAUGUUAGAGGAAAUUAUUAGAAGAACUACUCCAGAAUUCCAUGAAAAAAAAAACCAAUAUUUUAGCCCUUUAGCCUGAUUUUUGGUAUUAUUAAAACUACAUGGUGUAUUUGCUUUCUUUCGCGCGAUUUCUAUGUUUACUGAAGAGUGAUGAGGGACGGGCGGGUCAUAACUUAUCGCCGUGGGGAGGGGAGCGGUGUAUUUGAGUUGUGAAAACUGUCCGGCUUUAUUUAAGCGUAAGUUUGGCCAGAAACACAUUUGUCAGUUUACUUAAAUGCUCUGUUUUAUCCAAUCUGUCUUAUUUAAAGGAAAGGACCUUGAAAUCAUAAGUUCUGUUCAGGAAUUUGAGACUAUUCGUUUUGUUACGUAACAACCUUUUUUCGAAGACAUUUUGGACAUAACCAUAACACCUUAUCGCGGUUACGUAAGCAAGGAAAAUUUCUUUCGAACACAGAUGCUUAUAAUUUUUUUCUUAAUAUUCCAAUGAAAAGGAAUGAAAAGCAAUGAGUUCCCAGAACAACUUGCUCUUUAACCAAAUCUGAGUGAUGCGUUGCGGAAAUAUGACAACAAUUUAUCAGUAGAAUCAGUGGCGUUUCUAACAAAAAUGUAUGAGUCAUGUAAAAUAUAUCUUAAGAGCACGCAAGAACAUUCGCUUAGGGCAAAAAUUGUCCACAGACUAUUCGUUGCUUGCCAAAGGUUAAAAUUAAAAAACAUAAAAUGUGA